CACACACACAAACAUACAUACAUAUCCAAACUCUUAAAUAUAUAAACACCUUCAUAGCCUGAAGUCAUCCAUAAAUUCCUUGUCUCUGUUUAUCCAAAAUUUGCCGGUUAAUUAAUUUGGUGAAAGCAAGUCUGAAUUGUAAAAACGAAGAAAAAUGGAAAAAACAGAGCCAAGUUUUCAACAUGAACGGUGGUCUCUCAAGGGUAUGACUGCCCUAGUCACUGGUGGAACAAGUGGUAUUGGAUAUGCGAUUGUAGAAGAGCUAGCAGGACUUGGGGCAACCAUACAUACAUGUUCUUUGAGCCAAAAGGAAAUCGAUGAGAGGCUACCAGAAUGGGAGAGUAAAGGCUAUCAAGUCACUGCCUCACUUUGUGACCUUACUUUUGCCACCCAAAGGGAGCAACUCAUAAACACUGUCUCUUCUAUUUUUCAUGGCAAGCUCAAUAUCCUUGUAAACAAUGUUGCAAAAGUUACGCUUAAAGAUGCAAAAGAUCACACACUUGAAGAUUUCUCAUCAAUAAUGACACUCAAUGUUGAAUCUCCUUACCACCUAUGCCAACUUGCUCACCCUCUCUUGAAAGCUUCAGGAUCUGCAAGUAUUGUUUUUGUUUCCUCCAUUUCUGGUCUCAUUGCUUUGCCCAAAGUUAGUAUUUAUGCAGCAUCCAAAGGAGCAAUCAAUCAACUUACGAGAAAUUUGGCAUGCGAAUGGGCAAAAGACUCUAUUCGAACAAAUGCAGUAGCACCAUGGGCUGUUAAUAAUGGGAUCUUAAAACCUGUAGACGGUGUCAAAACCCUAAUCCUUAAUAUUUUUCGGUUUUUAAAAUUUUUAUCACAAUCUCACAUUUUGAAAUUGGUUGACUCUAUCCGUCGUUAUUUUCCACUUAUAAUGAGAAAUCCUAUCAGCCGCCUCGCCGAGGCUAACGAAGUUUCUUCGCUGGUGGCAUUCCUUUGCCUUCCUGCUGCUUCUUACGUUAAUGGACAAGUUAUUAGUGUUGAUGGAGGAUUCACUGUCAGCGGUUUCUAAAUUAUAGUAUAAAUUUGUCAGUACCAUAUUAGAAAUAUAUGUUGAAUUAGAUUAUAUUGGAUUGUAGUUAAAUAAAUAUUGUACUGAUUUUUAUUUUGGAGUGUAAUAAGGUACAAUCCAUAUGUUUGAUUUUAUAUAUAUAUAUAUUGUACUGAUUUUUGUUU